AUUUUCUUACUGCCUACUACCACGCACGUUCUCUCCUCAACAUAUAAAAACCAACCCCCUCCCCUCCUCCCACUUCAUCUACCCAUUUACGCUUCUCCUCUUCCUCCUCCGCCGUAUGCCACCGACUGCACCGCCACCUCUGGCGUCUCUUUUCGUUUCAUCAUUUGGGUCAGUCUCAGACAAUGGCUAUCACAAAGCAAACCUCUGGCGAACUGAAAACACGGGUGAAUACUUGUCUUAACAAGCUUUCAGACAGGGAUACGCUUUCUAUGGCGGCCAACGAGCUGGAAACCAUAGCUAGAUCGCUUCCCAAUGACGCUUUUGCUCCUUUCUUGAAUUGCCUCUCCACCACGGACUCGUCGGAAAAAUCCCCUGUCCGCCGCCAGUGCGUUCGUCUCCUGGGCGUCCUCUCCGCUGCUCACGGGGACGCUCUGUCGCCCCAUAUUUCGCGUAUGAUCUCCACCGUCCUCCGUCGCCUACGCGAUCCUGACUCAGCCGUCCGAGCGGCCUGCGUUGACGCUGUUUCUUCCAUCACAACUCACGUUAACUCGCCGCCGUUUACCGUCAUCCUAAAGCCGCUCGUGGACGCGCUUUUCCACGAGCAGGAUUUGAAUGCCCAGAUCGGGUCGUCGCUCUGCCUUUCUGCAGCGGUGGAGGCGGCGCCAGAGCCGGACGCGGCGGAGCUGAGGAAGCUUCUGCCGAGGGUGUUGAAGUUGGUGAAGAGUGAUUGCUUCAAGGCGAAGCCUGCUUUAUUGUUGUUUAUUGGUAGUGUUACGAGUUCUGGUUGUGUGAAAAGUAAGAGUUCGUUGAGUUCUGUCGUAUCGACGGCGGUUGAAUUCUUGAGCAGUGAAGAUUGGGCGGCGAGAAAAGCGGCAGCGGAAGUUCUGGAGAAAGUGGUAGCGGGGCCGGAGAGAAGUUUGACGGCGGAGUUUCAAGGUGCUUGUGUGGCUGCCUUGGAGAGCAGGAGAUUCGAUAAGGUUAAAGUUGUGAGGGAGACGAUGAAUCGAGCAUUGGAGAUGUGGAGAGAUCUUCCCGGGCUAUCUGAAGAAGCGUCAUCGCCUAAAGACACCAGCAGCAGCGGAGACUCUACUUCUCUGCUUUCUGGAAGUGCUGGCAAUGUUGGCUCGGAAAUCCCCCAGCUGAGGAAGACAGUGGCAACCAGGUCACCUGCGUCUAGUUGCUCAUCUACAACCAGUAGCCAGAAGAGCACGGUAGGAAAUGAGGAUAGUAGACUAUGUUUCUCGAGUGCCCGUAAGCUGAAUUUGAAGAAAAACUUUCGGUCUCGGGUGGUCCCUUUUAAUUGUAAUGACAAUGCGAACAUCACUGGUGGAUGUGUUACCAAUGAUAACAUUGAGAAUCAGGAUUUUGAGGACCUCUCUUUGAUCCGCAGACAACUUCUGCAGAUUGAAAACCAGCAAUCGAAUUUGUUGGAUCUGCUACAGAGAUUCAUCGGAAGCUCCCAGAAGGGAAUGAGCUCGUUGGAGAAACGAGUAGAUGGGCUGGAGAGGGUGCUGGACGAGAUGUCACACGACUUUGCAAUUUCAACUCGAAGGAUGUCAGGCACUGAUUCUGGGGGCAACACAUGUUGUACGAUACCGGGAGCAGAGUUCCUGAGCCCCAAGUUUUGGAGAAGAGGAGACGGCCAAACCAUCGUCAACACCAAGUUCCCUUCUUCUUUCAGAAACCAGUCCUUUCAUGGCAUGGCUACAUGUAGAGAUACAAGUGGUGAAAUAUCAAAGCUUGUUGAUAGUCCAAGAAACUGUUAGCCAGUUGUACGAGGUAAUUAUUCUUUUGAUCAAUGGAGGUAGAUGAGUUGGGAUAGUAGAUUCUUUCUUGGGUAGCAUUUGUCCCAAGAUGUGUACCAAAUUGGAUGUAUAUAUCAAGAACUCUGAAACCACAAGUAAACCAGCUAAUGAAAAUCUUUCGGCAUUUCUCUCUCAA